UCACCUCUUAGCCAUGACCUCAUCCUUAACCUGACUCAGGAUGGAAUCAAACUGCUGUUUGAUGCUUUCAAUCAGAGACUUAAGGUGAUUGAAGUUUAUGACUUGACUAAGGUGAAGUUAAAAUAUUGUGGUGUCCAUUUUAACUCUCAGGCAAUUGCUCCAACCAUAGAACAAAUUGAUCAGUCAUUUGGAGCAACACAUCCAGGAGUGUAUAAUUCAGCUGAGCAACUCUUUCACCUCAAUUUCAGAGGACUGUCGUUUUCCUUUCAGUUAGACUCCUGGACUGAAACUCCGAAGUACGAGCCUAACUUUGCCCAUGGUCUGGCCUCUCUGCAAAUACCACAUGGUGCAACUGUGAAACGCAUGUACAUCUACAAUGGAAACAGUCUGCAGGAUACCAAGGCUCCCUUGAUGCCCCUCAGCUGUUUCCUUGGUAAUGUGUACGCUGAGAACGUUGAUGUUCUGAGAGAUGGAACUGGACCCUCAGGUUUACGGCUUCGCCUACUCACUGCAGGUUGUGGCCCGGGUGUUUUAGCCGAUGCCAAGAUGCGGGUAUUUGAGCGAUGUGUGUACUUUGGUGAUUCGUGCCAGGAUGUGCUGAGCACCCUGGGGUCUCCACACAAAGUCUUCUACAAGUCUGAAGAUAAGGUGAGGGAAUUAAUUCAGGCCCAAGACUUUGUCUCUGUUCA